CGAUAACGGUGUGGCCUCUCUUGGAAAGCUCAAGAGCUAAGGAUCUACCAAGUCCUCAGCUCACUCCGGUUAUCAAAACCGUCUUAGCCGCUGCUGCUGCUGCCGCAGCCGCCGCCGCCGCCGCCGCUGCCGCCGCUUUGUUCGACCCGCCAAACGACACCCUUACCAUUCUUCUUCACUCUUUCUACUUCUCUUCCGGAAAUGAAAAUGGUAACUAACCAUGAUGAAUGGCAAAAUAUAAAAUAAUUACUCAAAAAGCCCAGAUCGGUUCCUCUUUGUUGUUCAACUGGGCCCAGACAAGAGGCCCAUAAUGAACCACACGCUUCUUCCAAACGCUGCCGUAUUAGUUCACCAUCCUCACCAAAAUCUUCCCUUAACCCCCAAAAUUCCACCCCUCCCUCAAAAAGAAAAAAAAAAAGAAAAAUUCCCAAAAAACUUCUUCAAAGGUGCAAUCUCUCUUCCAUCAAUUCACAUAUUGCAAAGGCGUUUGUAAUUAGGGUUUUCAAUCUCCCAAAAGCAAUGGUUAAGACUCGGUAACUUGAGGAAAAAUCAUGCAGGAUAACCUGGAAUGGAUCCUCUCAAAGAUUAAAAAGAGUGUAGGGCUACACAUAAUUUAAGGAUGUGUAUCUGAUCAUAGAAAGCAGUGCUUUUGAUAUAUGAUUCUUAUUAUAGAGGAUUUAUAUUUCCUAUCCUUGUCCAGGGGGAAGCUCCACAUUUAAUGCCAGAGAAGCUUUUGCAACUAUUGCGCCAUCAUUUGUAUGUCUGGUUAAGGUUUUAAUCAUGACGUUAUUAGUAACAGCAAGUGACAGAUUAUAAGUUUGUCACUAAUUAUCUUCAGUAACAAGUUUCUAUAUUAUUAAAGACAUGUUGAUCCUUUACUAAAAGACUAGCUUAUUGUGUAUUUGCUGAUUACAUGUUUUUGGUGCAGGCGAAGGGUCUUUUUUUAGGUUCUGCUUUUCUUAUACUGUUUGCAAAAGCAUGGCUAAGGCAAAGCUUAUUAUUAUUUGUCGGUCGGGGGGAAAGUUUACAUUAAGUAGUGAUGGCUCCUUGUCAUAUACUGGCGGAGAUGCUCAUGCUAUCAGUAUAAACACUGAAAGCAAAUUUGAAGAGCUGAAAGCAGAGGUGGCAGAGAUGUGGAAGUAUGAUCCUGAUUCUCUGACCAUUAAAUACUUUCUUCCGCACAACAACAAGACGCUCAUCAUGAUUUCUAAUGACAAAGACAUGCAACACUUGCUGGAUUUUCAUGGAAACUCUGCAACCGUGGAUGUUUAUGUCUUAACCAAUGAGAAUCAAACAAGUGACCAGUUGACAAUGUCCCACAGUAGAGUGGUGGAUGAGCCUGUAACUCCUUCUGCUAGUUUUACUUAUGCUGCUUCUGUUUCUGGAGACACCGAGCAGCUUGAUUCGCUGGCUUCUCUUUUCAGAUAUGUGGACAAUACCAAUAACUUGACUCCUGAUGCUCCUAAUGAUAAGGAUAAUAGGCUGAAGAAACUUGUUAAAUCAUGGGAAAAUUGCUUAACUGGUGUGGAGCAGCGGUUUAAUAAUGUUCAUGAUUUCCGCUCUGCUCUGAAUAAGUUCUCCAUUGCUCAUGGCUUUGAGUAUACCUUUAAGACCAAUAAGGCUAGGUAUGUAAUCGCUAAUUGCAAAGCUGAAGGCUGUCCUUGGAGCAUUCAUGCUGCAAGUUUGUCUACCACAAAGUUGUUUCUGAUUAAAAAGAUGAAUGAAACUCAUACAUGCGGAGCAGGAAAAAGUUCAUCUAGGCAUCCCAAAGUCUCUAGUAAAUUGGUCAAGUUUCUUGUAAAAGAAAAAUUGCAAGAUGCCCCACAUGCUAAACCGAGAGAAAUUAUUGAUGAAAUUCACCAGGAUUAUGGAUUUAAAGCAAGAUAUUCACAUGUAUGGCGUGGAGUAGAGUCUGCCAAAGAGAAGCCUCAAGUUCCAUAUGAGGAGGGUUACAAUCAGUUGCCUAGUCUAAUUAAACAGAUCAUGGAGAACAAUCCUGGUAGCGUAGCAACUCUAGUCACCAGGGAGGACUUAAGCUUCCAUUGUCUAUUUGUUUCCUUGCAAGCUUCAUUACAUGGUUUCAAGAAUGGUUGUCGUCCCCUUCUUUUCCUUGACACUAUGACCAUAAAAUCGAAAUAUCACUCUGAGCUGCUGACUGCUACAGCUUUGGAUGGAAAUGAGGGCAUUUUCCCUGUUGCUUUUGCUGUAGUUGAUGUUGUCAAUGAUGAUAAUUGGCAUUGGUUUUUGGUGCAACUGAAAUCGGCACUUUCAAUGUUCCAACCGGUAACGUUUGUGGCAGAUAGACAGAUAAGGUUAGAAAAACCUAUUUCCAUGAUCUUUAAGAAUUCGCACCAUGGUUAUUGUCUCCGUCGUCUGGCAGAUGGAUUAAAAAGGGAUCUCAAUGGCUCUUGUACUGAAGAAGUUCUUGAAGUAGUUGUUGCACAUUUCUUUGAUGCUGCUCGUGCAACUGCACUUGUCGGAUUCAGAAAAUCGAUUGAAAACAUCAGAAAUAUUUUACCCGAGGCUUGUGAAUGGAUCUUGCAAAGUGGACCUGAACACUGGGCAAAUGCUUUUUUUCAAGGUGCACGAUAUGGAUAUUUUUCAUCUGAUGUUGCUGAGACAUUUUAUGGUUGGGUAACUGAACUUCCGGUUAUAUCGAUUGCUAAAUUGAUCGAGACAAUCUGCUAUAAGAUGAUGGAGUUGAUGAAUAUCCAACGGUCGGAUUCAAGUCAGUGGUUGACAAAAUUAACCCCAGCUGUGGAGCUCAAAUUAGAACAACAGAUUCGGGAAGCUAACAUCUGUCAAGUGCCAGUAUCACUAGGCAGCACAUUUGAGGUCUGUGACAGUUUGGGUGCAGUAAAUAUGGUGAACAUUGAUCUCUGGGAAUGUAGCUGCAGGGAAUGGCAAUUGAAAGGUUUUCCAUGUUGCCAUGCCAUUGCUGUCCUUCAACAAUCAGAAAGGAGAUUAUAUGAUUAUUGCUCUGAGUACUUCACCGUCAAUGCUUUCCGGUCAACAUAUUCAAACUCCAUAAAUCCAGUUGCAACAGUAGAUAUGGCAGUUCAAAAGAAAUCCUAUACAAUUGAAGUACGCCCUCCUGCUCUCUAUCAUAUCUCUGUUCGUCCUAAGAAGAGACAGAAAAAAUAUAUACAUAAAGGACCCUUUAAGCGGCCACUGCAUUGUAGCAAGUGCCAAGGAGCUGGACACAAUAGACAAACAUGCCAUAUGUUAUCAUAGUUGCACCAAAGCUACUCAAGGAAUGUAACAUAACUGUAGAUAAGGCAGAUCAGGUAAUUUAGGUACAGUUUUGGGAGUUCUGGUCAAUGGAGAUAGGGAUGGAAUAAGAUAGAAACGCCUGCCUAACCCAUUGAAAUCUAAUUGAGGUAUUGGCUUAGACAUGCAUGUUCAUUGUGUAUCUAACUUUUGCAUUGCUGAUUUUUAUGUUUUUUCGGUGAUAAACCCAUUAUCUUCUUCUUCAUAAUUUUCAUGAGUUGUACUCUUUUUACUGUUGUCAA